AUGAUACACACACACACAUGCAACACACACGCAACACAGAGAUUACAUUUGAUUUCUAACAACAAACCAAUGGCUGUGUAAUCCUCACAGAGAUCCCAUAACACACACUCCAGUGUUUAGCUUUAACAGUGGUCACAGGUAAAGCAGGAGCAUUGAUACGGAGGACUGAUCGUCAUGCGAGAGGAACAGACUUGUGGAGAUUUUCCAGAAAGUGGGAUCCUUCCCAUUGAAGAAGAGCAGGAGCGACGCCCCAAUAAGUGUCCGGUUGUGGUUUCUCCGCCGGCGGGCGCACGCAAGCGGCUGACGGGUCCAAAAAAAGAGCCCGUUUCACAAGACGACAAACCAUCAUUGGAGAACCCAUCAAAUCUGGCUCCCAAACGUCCCAAAAGAAGCUCUCCGUCAUCUUCAUCGUCUUCUUCAUCCUCUCUGGUGCCCGUCGUGAGUUCGGUUUCUCCAGUUCCCGGACAGCCCUUCGAAGAUCUCCACACACAACGAGUGAUCGCCAACGUUCGGGAACGCCAGCGCACGCAGUCUCUGAACGACGCCUUCGCCUCGCUCAGAAAGAUCAUCCCCACCUUGCCUUCGGACAAACUGAGCAAGAUCCAGAUCCUCAAACUGGCCUCCAGAUACAUCGACUUCCUCUACCAGGUCCUGCAGAGCGAUGAGAUGGACGCCAAGCUGGCCAGCUGCAACUAUCUGGCCCACGAGAGGCUGAGCUACGCCUUCUCCGUCUGGAGGAUGGAGGGCGCCUGGUCUAUGUCUGCCACUCACUAAACAUCCACUCGUUCCUCAUCCCAAAAACUGAAUCCCGUCUGAACUCUGAUCCUGAUUAUCGUCUCUAUAUCCACUCCACACGGCCUCCGACUCACCCUGCCAUGACCCGACCCUGCAUAAAGAUGACCUCUGACCUCUUUCACUUUUUCUAAAUCAAGCCUUCACAGUUUCCCACAGUCCCAGAGGCCUUCAUGCUUCAUCUACAAGCCGACAAUCUUCCCCUUUUCCUAAUGGAGCUUUACAACCAAACGCAGACAGAAAGACUCUGAGGAGCGGAGAUGAGCAAAGCAUUCCCACAAGCCUCUGAAUCCAACACACUGAGCUGAGUGGAGGUGACUGCUGCUGAUUUGAGAUCAGUGUUCCUCCAUGUUGACUUUAUUUUGGACUCAGAUGUGGGCAGAUAUUGACUGUUUUGAGGUCUCCCUAACCCUGACCUGAUGGAUAAACGCUUCACCUGCUCUUUAUAUUGCUUUAUUAAGCAGAUGUGAUGGUGUGAGAGGGAUUGUGCUUGUGUUUUAUGCUGUAUAUUAGCCAUUCAAUCCUGCUUCUGUGACAGGCAACACAGUGUAAACCACCAGUAAAUGUAAAAUAAUAAAGGUAACGCUUGAAGAUUCA